CAUUGUCGACGUCUUUGUUAAUGUAUAGGUGUAGGUUUAAGGUCAGGUGUGAAAAAAAGUGACUCUUCAAAAUAUUGUGUAAUUUGUGGAUUUUUAUUGCAACUCAGUUGUGUUGGUUAUUUUAGCAGGAAUAUUUAUUUAAAUUCCUUCUCGGGUCUUUAUUAAAAGAAUUGGAAAACGUAUACUACGGGUAGGCUGUAGUACAGAACGCCAGGCCUGAAUAAUAAUAAUAAUACUUUAAAAGUAUUAUAAUUGCUAAUAGUAUAGUAUAGAUUAUACUAGUAUAUGUGUGAAUAGCCUCAGGCUUAAAUAAAAGGCCUAAUUUAUUAACACUAUCCCAAUAUCUAGUGUUGUCGGCUAAGCCUACUAAUUAGUAUAGUAAUACUACUAUUACUAGUAGUAAUCCAGUUGUUAAGUAUAACAUUGAUUAAACCAGUUGAAAUACGAAGUUAUACUCUUAUAGUUGUAGGACUAUUCUUUCUAUUGUAUUAUUGAAAUUUAUAGGAUGGAGGAGAACAGAGAACAAAUAUUGAUGGAUUUUCAGUCAUGUACAGGAAUUGAUGAUGUAGCAGAGAGCAUCAUGCAUCUUGAGGCUAGUAACUGGGAGCUAUUAGAUGCAGUGAAUAAUGUAAUGCCCCAAGAAUCCCAAGCCCUUCCAUCAGAACAAGAAUCCAACAGGCCUUACAGUAAUGUACGAGAUAAUAACGUACUUUUAACCCAGAAUACAGAGAAACAGCGAGGAAGUACUGGCUCUUCUGGAGAUGUGGAAAUGAUUGACCUGUCAGAUAGAAAUUUAUUUUCUAUUAGGGUUCAAGAACAGAAUCUUGAGAUUCCUCCAGAGCCUAAUCCAGGAGGGGAAUCAGCUCAAAUUUUAAAGCUGAUUGUGAAGUAUAAAGAGAAAAACACUCCUGUAGAAGUUCCAGCUUGUGAAACUGUUGCUACAGUUAAAAUGGCUUUAUUUACAGAACUUGGAAUUGUUCCAUGUAAGCAGCAAUUAAUUGGUUGGCCAAGAAAUCAUGUUACGGAUAACACAGUCUUGUCUUCAUUAGAUCUUCCAAAUGAUUUUGUUCUUAGGCUCUUUACUUUAGAUGAUCAAGGGGCUCUUUUGUCAAAUUCUAGCUCGGACCCAAAUUUUUCGGAUACAUUCAAUGAAACCUUCAAGCUCUACAUUGUGGAUCAAACUAACAAUAAGGAUUACACCUUAAGUUUUGUAGGAUCAAAAACCAUACUUGAAAUUAAACAAGAUGUGUUUGCCUUAACUAACAUCCCAGUGAGACAUCAGAAGUGGUCUGGAUGGCCUGAUGGUGUCAAAGAUAGCACAACUCUGGUGGCAGCUGACAUCAAUCAUCCUGUUCACACACUAUAUCUUCAAAAAGUUGUUAAAUGUCAGAAAGAAAAUACAAAAAAUAUAAAACAUUUAUCUUCUAGUGAAAGUAGUGGUGAUGAAUUUGAAGAUGCUAAUGAAUGUUUCACUGUUGAUGAUGACAUUUUCAAGGAUGUUUGUCCUACCAACAAACCCAAGCCUCUCAUUUCUGAAGGUGUUGAAGAUGAACGAGAAGCAAUCAACAAUUUUAUUCAUCAAUUUCAACAGAGAUAUGGCGACUGUCUUCCUCAUUUUUUUCAAGGAACUUUAGCUGAAGCAUUACAAGCCUCGUGUUUGACUUCGGCACGGGAUCGACGCCCACUGGCAGUUUAUCUUCAUCAUGACGAAAGUGUUUUAUCAAAUGUGUUUUGUACUCAGUUACUUUGCACAGAAGCAACAGUUUCAUAUCUUACACAGAACUUUGUCAUUUGGGCUUGGGACCUUACAUUUAAUUCUAACAGAUCUCAAUUUUUGGCAGCAGUUACUCAAGAGUUAGGUGCUGCAGCAGCUGGUGCCAUCCGAGACAUAACCACUGAUCAUUUACCAGCUCUUGUGGUAAUCACUCGUCUGAGAUCAUCAACUGAAGUACUAACUGUUAUUCCAGGUACUGUUGGUCUUGAUGAGUUUAUGACCAAUCUCAUUCAUGCCUAUGAAAUGUUCUGUAGUCAAGUUGGUGGUGAGAUUCAAGAAGAACAGGAGCGAGAGGCAAGAGAGACAGUAAAGAGAGAACAAGAUGCAGCCUACCAUGCUUCUCUGAUGGCAGAUAGAGCAAAAGAAGAAGCUCGAAAGUUAGAGGAGGCGGAGCGACAGCAAAAAUUACUUCAAGAAGAACGAGAACGUGAGAAACAAGAUGAAAUACGAAGACAAGAGGAAUCUGUGAAGGAAGCAAUUCGCCAGUCACUUGCCGAGCAACUUCCUACUGAACCAGAUGAAAACUGUUCAGAUAUCAGUAAGAUUAGGUUUCGCCUUCCAACUGGUGAAUUACUUUAUCGACGAUUUCGAUGCAGUGAAUGUUUGCAUGUUUUGGUUAAUUACCUAGCAUCUGUUGGCUAUCCUGUAGAAGACUAUAAAGUUUUAGCAAGUUGGCCUCGACGAGAUCUUACAACACUUGAUCCCGAAAAGACUUUAUAUGAACUCAAGCUUUAUCCUCAAGAAACUAUAACUCUAGAAGAGAAAUGAGAUGGUAAAAGUGUAAAAAUUGUCUUGCAUUAUGAAUGUUUAUGACAAGAAAAUCUAAUGUAUGUUUAGAUGUAGUAAAAAUGCAGGAAAUGUUUCUUGUAUUUUCCUGUCAAGUGAUACUAAGAUAGCAGUUAUUAUCAAAUGUGCAGAUAUCCAGGUAGUUUUUAAAAACUCCAAGAAAGACUAACUGUAAUUGUAUAAUACUUAACUUUUGAAAAUUGAAAAAACAACAACUAGAUCUGAAUAUAAUCUAUUGCAAUUUGUGUGUAAACGUAUUAUUACUGUUAAUAAACACUACUUUUGUCUAGUCUUAAACAGGUAUCAUUAUUAUACACUUUGAAUGCUUCAUGACAAAAGCAGUUAACAGCUUGUACAGCUUUGGUAUGAAUGGUUGUAUUCAAAAAUUAUGUUUUAAAUGCCAAAAGCUGGCAAAGCAUUAGAAACCAAAUAGGCCUAAGAUUUGUGAUAAAAUCAUGCUAACUGCAUAUGUUUUUCCACAUUCUUUUAAAUUUGUCCAUUGUAGAUGUGCAAUGAAUAAAUAAAGAGGAAUAUGGGUAAAAACAUAUGCAGUUAACAUGACUUUUAUAGCAAAUCUUAGGCCUAUUUGGUUGUAUUUACUGCAUGCUGAUCUUUUUUCAAACUCUUCUUUUGAGACAGGCAUAUUGUCUUCUAUCUGUAAUACUGCUUUUUGAUACAUGUAUUUAAAAAUACAUUUGUGGACUAUGAAAUGAAAAGAAGGAAGCAAUUAAAUGAAAUAUGUAUAAUUUGAUUCUCGUAUGAGUCUCGUUUCUUUUUUUAAGUAAAAUGUGUAUUCAUUAUCCACGGAAACAAAUUGAGAUGCAUCAAACUCUUAAUAAAGUUAACUAAUUCUUGCUAUUUUUAUGUAAAAAUAUGAAAAUUUAAUUGAACCUUAAGUUCAUUAAUAAUAAGUAACAAUGUUUAUAACUCAAUCUUUGAAAAUACUUUUCUUCAAAAUGGUGAAGUGGAGAUUAUAUUAUCAUGUAAUAUUUGUGUUUUUAACCCAUUAUUUUCAUUUGCUAAGUAGUUGUGUGAUAUUCAGUUUGUAUCAUUGAAUAUUUAGACCUAGUAUAGAAAUGUUCAGAAAAGAACCAAUAUUUUUUGAACAAAAUCAUAAAAGUGUUAAAAUCCUAGCAUUUGAAUGCUAGUUUUGUGUCCAUUUUUUGCCAGAUUUAAUCGGUGUAUUUUAUAACAUUAAAGUAUAAAAUGUUAGGAAAUUGGAUAUACUGCAUUUAUAUUCACAGGAUUUAGGUCAACUGUGUUUCACUUGUAAUGUGUUUGAACGUAUGAUAACAUGAAAUUCCUAGUACUUUUAGAAUGAUACAUUUUAUUAAUUUCCAAAAAAAAAGUUGGAAAGAGCUACUAUAAAUAUUUCUUAUUUGGAAAAUUUAAGUAAAGGAAACGUUAUUGCUUAAAGAAAUAUUCUCAGGUAUGAACAUGAAUGAGAGGCACUUUAAUUCAUUUCUACUUAAAAUAUUGUCAUAUUUUUUCUUGCUAGAAUAUUUGUUGUUAAGAAUGAACAAUAUUUCUGAUACUUAAGGCUUGCUAAUACCUUCAUUCCUAAUCAUGUUUACAUUAAGAUUUUAAACCUUUAAUAAUGACUGUUUUUCAUUUUUUGAUCUUGCAGAAAUUGGCUGCAUAAUUUUUAUUUUGUAACGUAAGGAUAAAUAUUUGAUUAUAUGAACUUAUAAACAAAUCAAGAUUUUCAUUCAAUUACAAAGAAAAUAAAAUUGUAAAACCAGCACAAAAUUUUUGUAUGUUAAAUCCAUUGUUAGUGUUGAGAACCGUGGGAGGGUUAAGACAGUUUAUCACUUUUCACUUAAGUGAAUGAAAAAGAACAAUCAACGUGAAAAAAAAAGUAAAUUAUGCUCCUUUGAAGUAUUAUAAAAACAAAUAUAGCAGAUAUUUUGGAGUUGGAUGUACUUCUGUAGAAGGCAUUUCACAAUGUAUUGGAUCAAUUGGUCUUUCUGUUUCUAAAACUGUUUUUCAAUGACUUAAAGUGGUGUUUAUUUUGAAAAUUUGCUGUGGGAAUCAUAAGUAAGUAUUUCACGUGGUUCCAUUUAAGUUCACAUUGAUGGUUAAGAUGACUCAGAAUGUUAAUACCUGUAAUAUGAUCGUAAACAAAAACCUGGACAGGCUGAAAGAUAGUUUUCAUAAUUUGUUGUUUUUAAGCACUUUAUGUAUGUAUAUUUGUGCAAAAGAAAUAUGUAUAUAUUUUGUUGUUUUUCUGUUUCAGAGAAUGAAAGUUGAGAGUCAGCCUAUUAACAGAGUUGUGCAUUUUUUAAAUUAAGGCCAUAGUUUAGUCAGAGAAUAGUCAACUGUGGUUUCAUUUGUAUUGGACGAAAGGCCUCGUCUGCAAAGGAUAUGGCAGAUAUACUGUAGAUGACACAUUAUAAUGUAUUAUUCUUUGCUUUCACUCAUAAGGUCUUAGAAUUGCUGAAAAAUGUAACAAAUGAGAUAUAUUAGUGGAUUGUCUUAUAAUAUCAGUUAAGCAUUUGUUAGUUGAAAUGUAUUUUAAGUGAAUGCACCCAAAAAUAAACAUUUGACACUACCGAGCAGAGAGGGUAAUGUAAAACAGUUGUUUGUUAGAACUUGAAAUCAUCACUGUAUCAAUAAAAAUAAUUGCAAUAUUCUAAGAUUUUUCAGUUUUAAGAUUACAAGUUACUAGACAAUAUGGUUGUUUUUUUAGAGUGUCUGGGAUAUUGGAAAUGAGUUCAGAUGUGUAAUAUGUCAAAUCUAUAGGUGUUGUUAAGAAUGAGAACCACAGAAGACUUUUAAGAGGGAUUUACACUUUUCACUAAGAGGGCAAGAGGUUUAAAUUAUCUGUUAAAGGAAUAUUAAUGUUAUUGUGAGCAGAUUGUAUUAAAUCUGUGAUAACUUUUUAUAACACUAUUGACUUUUGGCAUGAAAGAUUGUGAUGUGGACCGCUUUUGUUUAAAACGUAAUUGCACACGUUCUGGUUUCACUUAAAGAAUUGAAGGAUAAUACAACUCAACUGUUCAGACAGGAUAAUUAUAUAGUUUUUGUUGUUAUUGUUCGUUAUGGAACAAUAAAAUUGCCAGAGAACACUUAAAGUUAAUCAGUAGAAACAUUGAAAACAUAAGAGCAGGCUUGAUCUUAACUAGAAUUGAUUCAGUUAUGAUUUUGAAAUAAUUUACAUGUAAAAGUGAAAUAUAUAUAUAUAUAUAUAUACAAACACACAGAAUUCCUACAUAGUUUUAUAAGACAAGUUUGGUUCAGAUAGGAGAACUGGAUAUUCAGGAAUUUAUUAUUAAUUGAAUACAUGUAAUGUAUCCCUGCUCAGUAAUUUUGUCUGAAGGCUAAUAUAAAGAUAUCUGUUAAUUGAACAAGUAGUAUUAAUUUUUAUCAACAGAGAAAAACUAAUGUUUAGAGGGAAUGACAAAGAAUUUGUACCAAAUUAGUUACUGCAAAGUACAUGUAAUUUUCUUAUACAGUAAAGAUCUUAAUGGUUAAUGAUUAAAAAAAGAAGUUGUAAAUGCAUUCUAUGUUCUCGGAGAAUUUGAGCCUCAGUUCCAACUUACAACUUCACAAUAUAAACUAGAAAACAACCAGUAUAUCUUCACUGGUUCUCUGAUAUGUUUUGUCACAAUUCAAGAUUUAAAAAAUUUUAUGUUGCUUCGACAAAAGUGAAGGUUUUAGGUGUGAAUGUUGAAGCAAUGGCAUAGCCAAGUAUGAAAGUUUGGGUGAGCCCAAAACUGUGAUGGAUGAGCAGAAGGUGUACAAGACCUUGGAGACAGGUUAGAGAGAGUCAAAACACAAAAGUGUUAUGUGUGACGUAAUAGAACACUGGAACCAUCGUGCGGACUCUGAGUUAUAGAUAGCCCACUGGCUUGAAGUCUUCAGUUCUUGAAAUUUGUUUUUUAGAGAGAAAUUUUGAAUUUAAAAGUGGAUGUUGUAACCUUUUAUGAGACUUCUAAGAUAGUAUUUAUAAUACUGUUUGCAGUUGUAAUCCUGUAUUACGGGACUAAUAUCACCACAGUGGAAGAAUUGGUUUAAGAAGUUUUAACAAUGAAAGCAGGCUUAAAGAUUUGUACUUUUUUUUUUUAAAGUAUAGAAAUACUUUGUUUGAAGUAUUUAAAAUGAUUUAGGGUUUUGAUUAAUCUGUAUUUUGCAUGCUUGAGUGGUGGAAUGAAAUGGUUGAAAUAUUACUUUGUAAGCCUAUAUUGAGACUAGUUCAUUUUUCUCAAUAAAGAGUUAUAACUUGU